AUGCCGGAAAUAAUCGACCUACUUUCCUCUCCCAUCAACAGUCCACAAAAAAGCAAGCAGACGAAAGCACCACGAUCGCGAGUCGAAGUGCCUUCGGAAAAUAUCUUCGACAUCAGCUCGGACGUCCUCAGUUCUUCGAGCUUUCCAGAUGACCUCGAUUUUCUUUCUGCGCAACCCAAGAAGAAGCGGCGGUUAAGCCCACCAGAACCAAAGCCAACCAAGUCGAAAGAGUCCUGUAAAUACAGCUUCCUUUCGUCAGAUGGUUUAAAUGAUAUCCUCAAUACAGAGAAUACUAGCAUCAGCAAGACCACUAUUAUUGCAACAACUACAAACGUUGAGGAUGUGUCAUCAGAUCCAAUUACCUUUCCAUCUUCUGCACCCGAGCCGCGGACUGUCCGUCGAGCUACUAAAGCAGCCUUUAUUGACGUUGAGGUCGAAGACCUCAACGAAGAGGAUGUGUUCAGCCUGUCACAGCCUAUAGCGCCUACGCGAGCGCCGCUCUCGGAGCGGACUGCCAAUUUGCCAGCAAAUAUCACAGGACCUGGGAAAGGUGGCGGCAGAUACGAAGCUACUGCUUACACUGCCAGCACCGAGACAAAAAUCAUACCAACAGCAACUUCAAAGGCAACGAAGAGAUCAACCAUUGAAGACAACAUCACGUCAAGUCCUCCAAAGCGAAGGCGGAAGCUAGCAAAGGACAAAGACGCCUGCACAACUGACAGAGCUGCUGCAAAAGCAAGAAAGGAGAAGGAGAAAGAGGCCGAGAAAGAGCGGAAGCGCCUGGCGAAAGAAGAGAAGGCUCGGGAAAAGCAAUUGGCAGCUGACAUAGCUGAGGUGAACAAGUCGAAGACUGACAAGAAGAACUCAACACCAGAGAUGAUCGUUGACAUGGCCAGGUCAUUGGAGGGCACGAGUGUUGGAAAUCAAAUUUUGGAACACAUGAAGAUUCUUGGAGUUGACACUACAUUCUUUGAUGAACAAUUGGACUUAUCUAAACCGACCGAAGUUGGCACGCGGAAAGGAAACCUGGUCCGAUGGAGGAGAAAACUGAAAGCUAAGUAUAACGAGGCAGUUGGACAUUGGGAACCUAUUCCAGUGGAAAAAGUCGAGAUCGAGAAGCAUGUACUGCUCCACGUGACAGCCCGAGAAUUUUUUGAAAUUUGCGCAUUAGGCUUGUCUCUGAACCAGGAGCUAGCCACGCAAGAGAAGGCCAUGACCAAGAACCUCGAUGCGCAUGUCGCCAGCUUAAGAAGUCAGUACAAAGAAUGCAAGCUUAUCUACCUCAUCGAAGGUCUCUCCAGCUUCUUGCGAAAGAACAAAACCGCUAAAAACCGUGCUUACACAGCAGCCGUUCGCUCUCAGAUGACCGAUGACGACCAUGGUCACCCUCCUGCAUCAAGCCAACCGCGCCGCAAGAAAAAUAACCAAAAACCCACCACUCCCGUCAUAGACCUAUCCUCCAUCAACGAAGACCUCACCGAAACCCUCCUGCUUCACCUCCAGCUCCACGCCAAGAUCCUAAUCCACCAGUCCGCCUCCGCCUCCCUCUCCGCCGAGUGGAUCAAAUCCUUCACCGAACACAUCUCCACCAUCCCCUACCGCCACCUCCGCAUGAGUGCUAAUGACGCGGUUGGGUUCUGCAUGGAUGUCGGGCAGGUAAAGACUGGCGAUGACCGAAUGGACACCUACGUCAAGAUGUUGCAGGAGGUGCAGAGGGUGACUCCCUCGAUGGCGUAUGGGAUUGCCAAUGAGUUUGAUACGGUGGGAAAACUGGUGAAGGCGUUUAGGGAGGAAGGGCCGUUGGUGUUGCAGAACAUUAGAAAGAGUGCCAAUAGGGAUGGGGCGGUGAGCGAGAGGGUGCUCGGCCAAGCGGUUUCGAGGAGGUUGUCUAAGGUUUGGUUAGGGAAGGAGGAGGGAAGUACGGAUGGGAUUGCUUGA